CAUACACUCUCUUUGCUCUCUCCUGCUGUGUGCCAGUCCCUCUCUCCCCCUCCACUUCCUCAAGGUGGCCACAGCUCCUCUCUUUUCUCUUGUCCUCUCUACAUCCUUCCACCACUCUCUUUCUUCCUCUGUCUCUCUGAGAACAACCCGGCUCUGCCCGUUCGCCUCUACAAGUUAAACGGAUCCCAGGCUGCUACUUUUCCAAACUUCCCCACAAGAUUUAUUUUCACCUCUUUUUUGUUGCUGUCCUUCACCUUCUCCUCCGGAGAGGCCGGUUGGUGUGUGUCUGGUGUGUGUGCGGCAGCGUGUGCGAGGGCUCUGGUGUCGUGCUCUUUGCCCCGAGGGAAUCCCUAAAGGUUGUGACUGGAGGAGAAAAAGUUUUCAUCCACAAUGAAUGUUCAGCUGCUGCUCCUGUUGGCCCUGGCUGGCCCUUUCUGUGCCUUCACACAUGCAAGCCCCACAGAGAUCCCUACAGAGCUUGACGUUGGGGUCGUGGAGACCGUAGCAGAAACCGUCCCUGAAGUCACGGAUGCUCCUACAGUGGACCUUACUCUCAUCACUGGGCCUCCUGCCACCGAACCAGCAGCGGCCGCAGGAGAAGUUGCUGAAACAGAAGAAGUCGUGGUAACAGAAGAAGUCGCUGCAACAGAAGUUGUCACAGAGGCAGCGCCUCCUGCCACUACAGCCGAUACCGAAGAGGCCAUCGUUGAGACAGAAGCCUCUGUUGCUGUUACUGCAGAACCAGAACCCCUUAUCACCGACCCUCCUGUAGUGGAGACCGCGGCCUCCACUGAGACAGCAGAGGUUGAGGUACAACCGACGGGAGCUGCCAAGGCAGAGACGGAAGGCGAGGUGGUCGUUGAAGACGAACCAGAGGAGAACUCAGGCCAGGUAGUCGGCAUCGUGAUUGGCGCUCUGGUGGCAGUGGUCAUCGUCAUCGCCGUGGUGAUUGCUGUGGUGAGGAGGAUGGGAAAAUACUCCCCUUGAAGAAAAAGUCCGCCAAGCAGCAGGAGCACCCAAGGUUCUGGAAAUUCUGAACUACUGAACUGUGACGUCAUUCACGACAAUUGAAACAAGCACAAUACCAGAACUAAACUUAUCUAACCAGGACUCUAGACUGUUGCCAAAAAAAGGUGGGGGGGAGGGAGGCUUGUGUGUGUUAAUGUAUGUACUGUAUGGAUGUGAGACAAGAGGGGUACAUGAGCAAACAUCCUCGCCUCCCCCGGCCACAUCCCUCCCCCCAGGAGCCGCUGAUUAGAAAGGCUCUGUCCCCCCUACUCCCUUGGAGAGAACAAAACUAGGUGACGGCAGGAUGUCAUUAAGAAUUUCAGGCCUUUUCAAAUGCAUUUUGUUAAGAAAAAAAAAAGAGAAAGAAAGGUAUCUAUUCUCCUGUUACGAGUGACUGAUUUAGAUUUGCAUGGAAGUUUGAAAGGACAUACAAAUGGAAAUUACUGACAAAACAAAAGGAAAUUAAAUACAAAAUGGAAGGUGGGAGCAGUAGAGACUGCUACGAAUUCCACAGGAUGUAUAUACAAUGCAAGGAAAACUACAUAGUAUACAGCUAAUGACUUUCUCAUAUGUUGCAGUUGCAUAGGCUAGCGUUUGAUAUUAUGGAAUACACAGUACAUACAGGCAGGCUAUUGUUGUGGCCAACAGACCUUUUAAGCACCCCUGAGCACCAGUUAAAACAUGUUCUCAUUAAGCCAGAAUCCCUGAUAUGUUGGCCAACUGUAUGAAGCACCGUGUGCAGAAGCUGUUUUGACAUAACACACUCAUGAGCUCUGAAGGCUAGCGUGGAGCUAACAGAAAAGAAAAUGCACCCUCGUUUGCAAAGAGUAACGUGACAUUCUGCCCACUUUAACACUGACAUAUAAAAACCUAAUACAUAUCUGUGAAAUUUAGCAGAAGGGUUUGUGCCACUGUCUCUGGUAUUCUCUAGGUAGUUAGGAGGACUUUAACUUUUGAAGUGCAUUAUUAAUGUGAAUUGACUGUACCUUUUAACUGCCACCCAUUCCAGACAGAACAGCUUGUAUGACUCGUUCCUUAUGAAGGCUUACACACAGCCAGUGGUUAUUAGACAUAGUGAUAGCCUUUUCUUGACAAUGUCUUCAGAGUACUUCUGUUAAUAGUUAGAUUACCAGAACAGCCAUCCGGUCUUUAAAUUGAGCUAACCCUGAUUGCGUGCACGGGAUGCAUUUUAUAGUUGCACUUAGUUUUAGUGCACAGUAUUAGGCAGUAAUGCCCGAUUUUGUUAUAUUUGCGAUUCUAAGUGUGCUAAAUGGGUGUACAAAUAACGAAGUCUCAGCUCCGCUCCGCUUGCUUUACAAACGUGUUUAAUAUGUGCACUGAAUAAGUGAUGUAUUGUUUAAUGAAUAGGCUUUAGACACUGCAAAUGUUUGCAACGACAUGUCUUUGUUUCCUCUCCUCUGCUUUGCCACAUAUCAUCAGUUCUAUAUCUUUAAUUCGUGCCAUCUGAUUUGUUUGAACCCUUUUAUUUAAUUGCAGUGUUUUUGUUCAUACUGUUUCAAUAAAAAACUGAA